CUCUUUAGUAAGUCCAAAACCCAAUCCCUUAUUUUUCUCCUUAAACCCUGUGUACUUUCUCUCUAUCCCCAAAAUUCCCACGCUAUUUUUUGACUCCCCACCAUCACCAUGAUUCUUCUCCUCCGAUCCUUCCCUCUAAUCACUCUUCGCACCACCAUACCCUCCUCUCUUCCUCUCUUCCAAAAUCUUCUCAGGUAUCACUUCCCUAAGUCGCUUCAAGCAAAACGCACAAGAGCCCUCGUCACUCUUUCUGCUUCUUCUUCUUCUUCUUCCCCUGAAACCAUUCUCAAGCCACAGCAACAACAACAACAAUCUAACGAUACCCUGCACUGGGUCUCUCGUACCAACUUUUGUGGUCAAUUAUCGACCAAUGAUGUUGGCACACGUGUUCGUCUCGGUGGCUGGGUUGCUCUUCAUAGAGUCCAUGGUGGUCUCACCUUUCUCAAUCUUAGAGACCACACUGGCAUUGUUCAGGUUGCGACUUCGCCUGAUGAAUUUCCUGAUGCGCAUUCGAUUAUAAAUGAUUUGAGAGUGGAGUAUGUGGUUGUUGUUGAAGGGGUUGUUCGGUCUCGGCCUGUUGAGUCUGUCAAUAAGAAACUGAUAACUGGUUCUAUUGAGGUUGUUGCGGAACAUGUUCAAUUGUUAAAUGCAGUGAAAGCAAAGUUGCCUUUUUUAGUUACUACAGCAGAUGAUGCUAAGGAUUCUGUUAAGGAGGAGAUUCGUUUGAGAUAUCGAUGUCUUGACUUAAGGCGGCAGCAAAUGAGUUCUAACAUUAUGUUGAGGCAUAGAGUGGUGAAACUCAUUAGAAGAUAUCUAGAGGAUGUGCAGGGUUUUGUGGAGAUUGAGACCCCCAUACUUUCUAGAUCUACUCCAGAAGGUGCCCGGGAUUAUUUGGUGCCCUCAAGAAUUCAGCCAGGAACCUUCUAUGCUUUACCCCAGAGUCCACAACUCUUUAAGCAAAUGUUAAUGGUAUCCGGUUUUGACAAAUAUUAUCAAAUUGCAAGAUGCUUUAGAGAUGAAGAUCUAAGGGCAGAUCGACAACCUGAGUUCACUCAGCUAGAUAUGGAGUUGGCGUUCACUACCUUGGAGGAUAUGCUGAGGCUCAAUGAAGAUCUUAUCCGGAAGGUUUUUUUGGAGAUUAAAGGUGUCCAGCUACCAAAUCCAUUCCCUAGGCUUACAUAUGCUGAAGCAAUGAGUAAAUAUGGUUCAGACAGGCCGGACACUAGAUUUGAUCUUCAUUUGAAAGAAGUAUCUGAUAUUUUUGCAGAGUCCUCUUUCAGGGUUUUUACUGAUAGCUUGAACAGUGGGGGUAUUAUUAAAGUACUAUGUGUUCCUUCAGGUGCUAAAAGUUAUUCAAACUCUGCUCUUAAGAAAGGUGAUAUUUACAAUGAAGCAAUCAAAUCUGGAGCAAAGGGUUUGCCCUUUCUAAAGGUCUUGGAUGAUGGGGAGCUUGAGGGAAUUUCUGCACUAGUAUCAAGUUUGGACUCAACAAAUAAAGAGCAGUUGCUAAGUCGCUGCUCUGCAGGACCAGGGGAUCUUAUCUUGUUUGCAGUUGGCCAUCAUCCAUCAGUUCAUAGAACGCUUGAUCGACUUAGGCUAUUCAUAGCCAAUCAGCUGGGCUUGAUUGAUCAUUCCAGGCAUUCGAUUUUGUGGGUGACUGAUUUCCCAAUGUUUGAGUGGAAUGAAACAGAGCAGAGGCUUGAGGCCUUGCAUCAUCCAUUUACUGCUCCCAAUCCAGAAGACAUGGAAGACCUUUCCUCUGCUCGUGCCCUUGCUUAUGACAUGGUUUACAAUGGGGUUGAGAUUGGCGGAGGAAGUUUGAGAAUUUAUAAACGUGAGGUCCAACAGAAGGUCUUGGAAAUUGUUGGCAUCUCCCCUGAACAGGCUGAAGCGAAGUUUGGGUAUCUUCUGGAGGCUUUAGACAUGGGCGCUCCUCCACAUGGGGGGAUUGCUUAUGGGCUGGACAGAUUGGCUAUGUUGUUGGCUGGGGCUACUUCCAUCAGGGAUGUCAUAGCUUUCCCAAAGACAACAACUGCUCAGUGUGCCCUUACUAGGACACCAUCAGAGGUGGAUCCUCAACAGCUCAGAGAUUUAUCUUUCUGUACCCAGCAGUGAGCUGUCUAGUCGGGGUUAGCUUCCCAUCAGAUGUAUUGCCAAUCAUUCUUGAGGUCAUUUGAGUUUUUGUGCCCUCUGCGCUCAAGUCAAGUUUUCGUUC